CGGUUUCACUCUUAUUAUUUUGAUUAGCGCCGCAUGUUUUUGUAUAUUCUUUUCUGAUAGCUUUGUAAGUUAUAAAAAUGCAAACAUUAAGGGAGUACACGCGUAAAACUAGACGUGGGAAUGUAUUAAAGGUUGUACGUGAACACUACUUACGGGAUGACCUUAGUUGUGGUUCAGAUAUUUGCAAUGUUUGUAACCGUCAAGAUGUACCACCUGUACUAUUACGUGAAAGAAUGUUGCGAACCACACUAUUUGAUUUUCCACAUUAUAUAGUGCUGGAUAGUAAUAUUAUAUUGGAUCAGAUAGAUGUACUCGAAGAAGACGUUCUGUGUAAUGUUAUUAUAUUUGCGACUGUAAUGAAUGAAGUCCGAAAGAAGAGUUCAGUAAUAUACAAGCGUUUCAAAAAUGUUUUACAACUUAAAACAAGAGGAUUUUAUGCUUUCAUCAAUGAACAUCAUAAAGAUACCUAUGUGGAACAAAUGCCCAAUGAAUCUUCUAAUGAUCGUAACGAUCGCGCUAUUAGAGUUGCUACAAAAUGGUAUGAUAAACAUUUGCUUGAUUCUCAACAAAGUAAUUCAUUCAAAAGGUCUGGUCAACCUCAGACGCGUGUGGUUUUCAUAACAGACGAUGCUGCAUGUCGUGAAAUCAGUAAAAAUGAAGGUAUACUUGCAUGUACUGCAGAAGAGUAUAUAAGUUCUUUGUCAGAUUAUCCAUUACUUGUUGACAAACUUGCACGUAAAUCUUUCGAUAGUGAAAAGCCUUCUUUACCAGUCUAUCCUAGUCAUCUUACAAUGGUUGAGAUUCAUGAAGGUAUCAGAACAAAACGUUUCUUGCAAGGUAAUUUUCAAGCUUCAAGAGAAAAUUACUUGGAAGGCAAUGUUUCUGUUGAAGGCUACGACAAUCCAAUACUUUUACAAGGGCGUGAGGCUAUGAAUCGUGCUGUUGAUGGCGAUAUAGUAGCUAUUGAACUCUUGCCAGAAGCCGAGUGGUCCACGCCAAGUGAGAUUGUACUAGAAGAAGUAGAGAAUAUCGAAGGUUUAGAAGAUCAAAAAAUUGCCGAAAGGGAGAUGGAUAUGUUUAAGAACACUGUUAGUAAAAUCUCUGAGGAAAAGCGACCAACUGGUAGAGUCAUAGGUAUAAUACGUCGCAAAUGGCGCCAAUACUGUGGUAUAUUACAAAAAAGUGUUCUUGAAAAUACGAACCGUCAUAUUUUUGUACCAGCUGAUCGUAAAAUUCCACGCAUACGUAUUGAAACACGGCAGUCAAAGAAACUAUUAGAUCAACGUAUUGUGGUUGCUAUAGAUAGUUGGCCAAGAUUCUCUCGCUAUCCAAAUGGGCAUUUUGUUCGCUCCCUAGGGCCUUUAGGUGAUAUUAAAACAGAAAACGAAGUAAUAUUACUUGAGCAUGAUGUACCGCACAGUAAAUUCUCGGAAGAGGUUUUGAGUUUCUUACCAAAAUUGCCAUGGACAAUUACUAAUGAAGACUACGAGAAACGUGUUGAUUUACGUGACCUUUACAUAUGUUCCGUUGAUCCACCUGGCUGCACAGAUAUUGAUGAUGCUUUACAUUGUCGUAGUUUGCCGAAUGGUAAUUUAGACGUUGGUGUGCAUAUUGCAGAUGUAAGUCACUUUAUUCGACCUGGCAAUGCCUUGGAUAAAGAGGCAGCAGCGCGUGGUACAACUGUGUAUCUUGUGGGGAAACGUAUUGAUAUGGUACCAGAAUUAUUAAGUAGUAAUUUGUGCUCUUUGGUUGGCGGGGAAGAACGUUUUGCGUUUUCUUGUUGCUGGGAAAUGGAUAAAGACGCUAAAAUAAUUUCUAAAAGAUUUCAUAAGAGUGUUAUUAAGUCAAAGCGAGCAAUGACUUAUGAAGAAGCACAAUGCAUUAUCGAUGAUAAAACUCAACACAAUGAAAUUGCACAAUCAUUAAGAAAUCUUAAUAAUUUGGCAAAAAUACUUAAAAAACGGCGCAUGGAUAAUGGUGCUUUAGUGUUAGCGUCGCCUGAAAUACGUUUCCAAGUAGAUAGCGAAACGCAUGAACCACUUGAGGUUGAAGCGAAACAAAUGCGCGAUACUAAUUCUAUGGUAGAAGAGUUUAUGUUAUUAGCAAAUAUUACUGUAGCUGAGCAUAUAGCAGCUGAAUUUCCUGAGUGCGCUAUGCUUCGAAGACAUCCCCGACCACCACCUACCAAUUUUGAUCCUCUUAUCAAAUCCGCACGACAUCAAGGUUUUGAAAUAAAAACUGAGUCUGGUUUGGAUUUAGCAAAUUCAUUGGAUCACUGUGUUAAAGGAGAUAAUCCAUACUUUAAUACAAUGAUAAGAAUUUUAACAACACGUUGUAUGAUGCAAGCUGUCUAUUUUACAAGUGGUACUGUACAAAAGAGUGAAUUCUUUCAUUAUGGUUUAGCAGCACCAAUUUAUACACAUUUUACUUCGCCAAUUAGAAGAUAUUCUGACAUUGUGGUGCAUCGUCUAUUGGCUGCUUCAAUAGGAGCGGAUAGUACAUAUACAGAUUUGUUAAAUAAAAAAUUAAAUGAAAAUAUAUGUCAGAACUUGAAUUAUCGACAUAAAAUGGCACAAUAUGCUGGAAGAGCUUCAGUAGCAUUAAAUACACAUGUUUACUUUCGCGGUAAAACUCAGGAUGUAGAAGGUUAUAUACUUUUUGUCCGCAAAAAUGCUUUGCAAGUGUUAAUACCUAAAUUUGGUUUGGAAGGCACAGUAUAUCUCAAUCCACUUAAAGAUGAUAAUUAUAAAUUACCAGCUAGUGUCAAAUUUACUUACAGCGAAGAUUAUCACACACAGAGCUGUGGGAAUGUGGUAUUUCAUGCAUUUGAUCCUGUAACCGUGCGCCUAACUUUAGAUUCAUCAAAUGUACAACAUGAAAAACUUGUUUUUAAUUUAGUUAAACCAUUCAUAAAAGGAUUUAGUGUUGAAGAUGCGUCGGUAAUGGAUGUCUGUGAAAAUCAGGCAAAUAUACAAGUGCAACAACCACCAAAAAAGAAAUCCAAGAAAUCGAAAACGGAAAAAUAAUUUCAAUAUAUUAUAGCUAAAUCACAGGGACAUAAGUUUCCAUUAAAAGUGGAGUAUUACCACCUUUAGAUCAUUUGUAAUACUUGCAUAUACAAUAUGCAUAUCUAAUAUGUAAAACUUUUAUA